UUUUGCUAGUUAACCAACGUUGAUAAGAAAAAGUCAUGCGUAGCAUUUUAGUACGUGGUUUCGUCACAGCAGCAGUUAUUGCCUUUUGUUCCAGUCAAGAAUUCGAUCCGACUAUCUGCAUGGAACUGCAGGACGGCAGUAAAAUUCCAAGCCCAUUUUUGUGCAAUCAAUUCUAUGUGUGUGAAAGUGGCAUGCUUAGCGAAGAAGGCACAUGCCCUCAAAAUAUGCUCUUCAAUCCCGAUAGCAAGGAUUGUGAUUUUGCUGAAACUGUUGACUGUCGAGGCGUGUCUUUACCUCCAGGAUUUGGAACAGAAGAAUUAACGACGCAAGAUACUGAAACCGAGGAGCCAACUAUUCCUUCCAGUCGAUGUCCACCCGAGGAUCCGGAAGAUCCAGUUUUCCUGCCAGUAGAAAACGACUGUAGUUCCUACAUAUUAUGCUUCCAUGGCAAGGAGAUUUUAAGGACAUGCCCUGCAGAUCUUUAUUGGAAUAUUAAUACUUUUGAGUGUGACAGUUCUUCAAAAGCACAGUGUCAGAAAAACGAUGAAUUUGAAUGUCCACGUGAUGGUUUCGAUUUUCUACCUCAUCCAGAUACAUGUAAAAAGUUUAUAUAUUGUAGAGAUGGAUACGCUAGAGUGCAAAGCUGCGCUAUCUUGAAAGUGUUUGAUACAAAACAAAAAACCUGUGUUUUUGGAAGAUUUUGCGAAUAG